AUGACGAGAACAGCAACCUAUCGUCUGAUUCAAUCAUUUCUCCUUCUUCUCCGGUCUCUUAUUUCCGCCAUCUUUCUUUUUUCUUUUCUUAUUCCGCAUUUAUUUCUUUUAAUUUCUAUUCUAAACAGUUCUAAAAAGUUUGCUCACUUCGUUCUUCUUUCUUAUUUUCCAAUUCUAUUUGUCUUGUUUUUUUCGUUUUUUUUUACGACUAAAUUUACUAUUUCUUUUCUCGCUUUCUCUCUCUCUCUUCUUUUUAUUUUUUUCUUCCUUUUUCAUUGUUUCUUUUGCUUGCUCUCUUUUACUUUCUCUUUCUUUUUCUUUUUCUCGUCUUUUUCUUUUUCUUUCUUUCGUCUUUUUCUUUUUCUUUCUUUCGUCUUUUUCUUUUUCUUUCUUUCGUCUUUUUCUUUUUCUUUCUUUUUUCAUCUUUCGCCAGUUUCCCAAUUUUUAUUAUUCUAUUUUUCAUAUUCUUUUAUCCACCUGCUAUUUUUCUUUUUUAUCAUUAAUAAAUGUGAGAUUUCGUUCUUCUCUCUCUCUCUUCUUCCACUUACUUUAUCUGUCUUUGUCUCUUUUUCUUCUUUCUUUUUCUUUACUUUCUAUUCUCUUUUAACUUUCAAACCUUUUUACUUUUUUGAUACUUUUUUGUUGUUUUACAAUUUUCGUUCCUGUUUAUUUAUCUUUUUUAAUAUUUUCUCAGUUUCUCUUUAUUCUUCUCUUGUUCCUUUAUCAAUACCCAUUUUCUUCUUUUGUUCCUUUAUCAAUACCCAUUUUUUAUUCUCUUAUUCCUUUAUCAAUACCCAUUUUUUAUUCUCUUAUUCCUUUAUCAAUACCCAUUUUUUCUUCUCUUGUUCCUUUAUCAAUACCCAUUUUUUCUUCUCUUGUUCCUUUAUCAAUACCCAUUUUUGUUCCCUUAUCAGUACCCAUUUUUUCUAUAUUGUUUUCAGCUUUGCUUUUUCUGACUUAUUUGUUUUGUAUUUGCAUCUUGUCUUUUACGUUUAUAUUUUUCAUUUCUUCUUUCCUUCUUUUUUCUCUCCUUUCUCAUAUUUCUCCUUUAUCUUCUUCUUCCUCUUCUUCUCCUUUAUCUUCUUCUUCUUCUCCUUCUUCUUCUUCUCAUACUCUUUUAUUUAUUUUUCUCAUCUUAUCUCUUUUCUUCUCCCAGCCUUAUUUUCUCCUUUAGUCUUGUCUGUUCUCAGUUUAUAUUUCCUUUUUUUUUCUUUUCCUCUCCCCGUCUCUUCUCUUCCGAUUUCCUUCUCUCCUUUUUUCUUCUCACCCUGUUUUAUUUCCUUCUCUUUCUCUCUUUUCUUCCCAUCUUGCCAUACUUUCCUCUUUCUCUCUCUCUCUCUCUCUCUCUCUCUCUCUCUCUCUGUGUCUUUGCUUCUUCACUUUGCUUUCGUUGUCUUAUUUCCUUCUCUCUUCUUCUCGCCCUGUCCUAUUUCUUUCGAUUUUCCUUCACAUCCUUCUUUCUGA